GUGUUACGAUAGUUGAGAAUGACAAAUCCUAGGGCACAAUCGUCAGCUAAGAUUGAGUUACACGGGCAGAAAGGGCACGGAGAGAGAUCUCGUCUGCGCGCGUCUUUAAAUAAACCCUCACUUUCUACUGGUGAAAAAAGCUUCACGAACUCGAUUCUCUCUCUCUCUCUCUCUCUCUCUCUCUCUAUAUAUAUAUAUUUAUGUGUAUUCUCUACUUUUGCUGUAUUCCCUAAUGGCGAAGCCUCGCAAACCGAAGAAUGAAGACGCUAGCAACAAGCCUGAAAACUCUGGGCCUGUUGUUCGUCACCAGAAGCUUUGCCUUUCCAUUGACCUCGACAAGCGUCACGUCUAUGGGUACACUGAACUGGAAAUUGUGGUUCCGGAGAUUGGGAUUGUAGGAUUACACGCAGAGAAUUUAGGGAUUGAUAAUGUUUAUGUGGAUGGUGAGCCUGCGGAAUUCGAAUAUUACCCCCAUAAUUAUCAAUUUACGGAGAAUGAGAGCAGGUGGUGCUACGUUACAUCUCCGAUCACUGCUGCGGAUGCUGCUGGCUCGGCUUACAUAUCUGCUUUGGAAAGAGAAUUGGUACCGAAUUUGUUGAUUAAUUGCUACAAGUCAUUCAAGACGGGAGGUGAACAGCAAGAGCAGCCAGUUUUGGAGAACGGGGUGCAACAAGCCUCUGGAGAAAUUAAGCAGAAUGUGAGAUUGGUCCGCGUUAAUUAUUGGGUAGAGAAAGCAGAGACAGGGAUUCACUUUGAUGGCAACGUGUUUCAUACAGAUAACCAGAUAAGACGUGCUCGCUGCUGGUUCCCUUGUAUAGACGACACAUUGCAGCGCUGCUGCUAUGAUCUAGAGUUUACUGUUGCACAAAAUCUUGUGGCUGUUAGUUCGGGAAAUUUGCUAUACCAGGUUUUGAGCAAGGAUGAUCCUCCUCGCAAAACAUAUGUCUAUAAACUAGAUGUUGCAGUUAGUGCUCAGUGGAUAUCUCUAGUAGUUGGACCUUUUGAAGUUUUUCCUGAUCACCAAUCUUGUGUAAUAUCACAUAUGUGCUUACCUGUUCAUUUAUCAAAGCUUCGAAGUACUGUGGAAUUUUUUCAUAGUGCGUUCAGUUGUUAUAAGGACUAUUUAUCAGUAAACUUCCCAUUUGGGUCAUACAAACAAGUUUUUAUAGAACCAGAGAUGGCAGUGUGCUCACUAGGCUUGGGAGCCUCCAUGAGCAUUUUUAGCUCUCAAAUAUUAUUCGAUGAGAAGAUCAUUGAUCAGACAAUAGACACUAGGAUUAAACUUGCCUGUGCCCUUGCUCAACAGUGGUUUGGUGUUUAUAUCACUCCCGAGACACCAAAUGAUGAAUGGCUUCUCGACGGUCUUGCUGGUUUUAUGGCGGAUUUUUUUAUCAAAAGGUGUUUAGGAAAUAAUGAGGCACGCUACAGGAGAUACAAGGCAAAUUGUGCCGUAUGCAAAGCAGAUGAUAACGGUGCUACAUCUUUGAGCUCCUCUGCUUCUUCUAAGGAUUUGUAUGGCACUCAAUCCAUUGGUCUAUACAAAAAAAUAAGAUCAUGGAAAUCUGUGGCAAUCCUUCAAAUGUUGGAAAAGCAAAUGGGACCUGAGUCCUUCCGAAAAAUUCUGCAGACUAUAGUUUCUCGGGCGCAGGAUAAGACUCGUUCAAUGAGGUCUCUCAGUACAAAGGAGUUUCGGCAUUUCGCUAACAAGGUUGGAAAUCUUGAACGUCCAUUUCUUAAGGAAUUUUUUCCUCGUUGGGUGGAAUCAUGUGGCUCACCACUGCUAAGGAUGGGGUUCUCCUAUAACAAGCGAAAGAACAUGAUUGAAUUAGCCGUAUUACGUGGAUGUACUGCUGUUCCAGAUUCAAGUGCAUCUGUUGUUAAUGGUAGGCCUGAAUCUGAAAACCGAGAUAGUGAGGUUGGAUGGCCUGGGAUGAUGAGUAUUAGGGCUCACGAACUUGAUGGGACAUUUGACCACCCAGUUCUGCCAAUGGCUGGAGAAACAUGGCAGUUAGUGGAAAUACAGUGCCAUUCAAAGCUUGCCACUAGACGCUUUCAGAAACCUAAAAAGGGUACAAAACUUGAUGGAUCUGAUGACAAUGGAGAUGGUACUCUUCCUCUAGAUAUGCGCUCCAGUAUGGACUCGCCCUUGUUAUGGAUGCGAGCAGAUCCAGAAAUGGAGUACCUUGCUGAAAUUCAUUUUAAUCAACCUAUACAGAUGUGGAUUAAUCAGUUAGAGAAGGACAGAGAUGUUAUUGCUCAGGCGCAAGCAAUAGCAAUGCUAGAGACAUCACCACAGCUAUCAUUUAACAUUGUUACUGCUCUCAAUAAUUUUCUCACUGACUCGAAGGCCUUUUGGAGAGUUCGAAUUGAGGCAGCAUUUGCAUUAGCUAAUACAGCAUCUGAGGAAACUGAUUGGGCAGGUUUACUUCACUUGGUGAAAUUCUACAAGGGUCGGCGGUUUGAUGCAGAUAUUGGACUUCCCAAGCCAAAUGACUUCCAUGACUUUGCUGAAUACUUUGUUCUUGAGGCCAUUCCACAUGCAGUAGCUAUGGUUAGAACAGCAGAUAGGAAAAGCCCAAGAGAGGCAGUUGAAUUUGUUUUACAGCUGUUGAAGUAUAAUGACAAUAAUGGAAAUCCUUACUCUGAUGUUUAUUGGCUCGCUGCAUUGAUUCAGUCAGUUGGCGAACUUGAAUUUGGACAACAGAGUAUUCUUCUUCUAUCGUCCCUUCUCAAGCGCAUUGACCAGCUUCUGCAAUUUGACAGGCUGAUGCCAAGUUAUAACGGGAUAUUGACAGUUAGCUGCAUUAGGACUUUAACUCAGAUUGCGCUGAAGCUUUCUGGUUUCGUCCCUCUCGACCGCAUUGUUGAUCUCUUGAAACCGUAUAGGGAUUUAAAGGCAAUCUGGCCAGUUCGCAUUGAAGCUAGUAGGGCUUUACUUGAUCUAGAGUUUCACUGUGGAGGCAUUGAUGCAGCUUUGUCUUUGUUCAUCAAAUAUAUAGAGGAAGAGCCGUCUUUGAGAGGGCAGGAGAAAUUGGGCGUGCAUGCUAUGAGAUUGUGUCAGAUAAGAGUUGGAUCUAAUUCUAAUGAUGACAUAAGAAGCCAUACUCUUGUGAAUAUGCUCCAUCUACUUGAGGGACGGAUUUCAUUCAACAAUAUCUUUCUUCGUCACCACCUGUUCUGUAUCUUACAAAUCCUUGGGGGAAGGUGCUAUCCUUUUCCUUUUCUACCCUUAUUGAUAUGGAUAAUUUCUCCUGCAUUGUCGCAGUGUAGCAUUCUUAUGUUGAGAAGCCACCGACACUUUAUGGGGUUCCAAGGGAUCAUAGGCCAUUUCAUAUGGGUGAUGUAGAAGCCUGGCACGAGCAGAAAAACAUGUUCAGCUCUUUUCUUCCAGAAAUCAAACUACCAUCUGAACCUCAGAACCUUCCACACAACACUUUUGUCUUGUCAGAAGCUUCUGAUGCAAUGUUUUCUGUCCCAGAAGCUUCUAAGAAUGGUUUGGCUGUUCUACAAGAUCCUGGCGAUGGCUUAGCUGUUUCAGAAGCUCACAAGGAUGUUUCAUCUGUUUCAGAAGCUUUCAAGGAAGAUUUUUCUGGUCGGGAUGCUUUCAAGGAUGGUGUUCUCUAUGUUUCAGAAGCCUUCAAAGAGGAUUUUUCUGUACAGGAGUCUUCCAAGGAUGGUUUGUCUGUUGUGGAAGCUCCCAAUGAUGGUUUGUCCGUUGUGGAAGCUCCCAAGGAUGGUUUGUCCGUUGUGGAAGCUCCCAAGGAUGGUUUGUCCGUUGUGGAAGCUCCCAAGGAUGGUUUGUUUGUCGUGGAAGCUCCGAAGGAUGAUUUUUCUGUCGUGGAAGCUUCAAGGGAUUUGGUGGCUGUUCCUGAAACCUCCAAUGAUGGUUUGGCUGCUCCAGAAUCUUCCAAAGGUGGCUUGUCUGCUCCAGAGCCUUUGAAAGAUGGAUUGGCUGCUCCAGAGCCUUUGAAAGAUGGAUUGGCUGCUCCAGAGCCUUUGAAAGAUGGAUCUGCGGCUCCAGAACCUUCCAGGGAUGUUUCUGAAGCUUCCAAGGAUGGUUUGGCAAUUCCCGAGCUUUCUAAGGAAGCUGAUACAAUUUCUACGAGUCAUGGACGGAAGAGGCCAGUUGUUAAAAUCAGAAUGAAAAGAUCUACUGCUACAAGUAGAGCAACAGAGUUUGAUAAUCUUAAUCUUGAAAGAUCCCAGGGCGGACAUUACGAAAUUGAUCGCGGGGCCAGCAGUUCAAUGUCUGUUGAUGCGCCCCACAGAACUUUUGCAGAAGCUGUGAGUAUUAGUACUCAAAAUCUUGAAGAAGUCAACUCAUGCUAUGAUCGUGGGUCCAGGAUGACUGCUAGUAUAGGCAGUGCGAAACUUGUGAGUGAUGCUGAUGAUGUGGGCAAGGAACUCCAAUGCACAGCUGAUUCAAGCAAGGUUUCCGGGCUAGGUCAACCAGAUGACCCAUCAUCAUCUAGCUUCAUCCAGGACAAUAAUGUAGAUGCCGGUGCACAAAAGUUUGCAAGUCUUCAAGCUCUGUCAGAUUCAAGGCAUGGUCAUGGAAAAGAAAAGGAGAAAAAGAAGAAGAAAGACAAAGACAAGAAACGGAAGCGGGAAGACCAUAAAGGGCACAAGGACGAUCCUGAGUAUUUGGAAAAGAAGCGGCUGAAAAAGGAGAAGAAGAAGAAGGAAAAGGAGAUGGCCAAGUCCUCUUCUUUGCACGACCAGGCCAAGGUAUCCUCUGUAGUAGAACAGAUAAAUAAGAAAGAGGAACUUAAGAUCAAAUCAUCAACUGUUGAAGCAAAACCAAUUGUAUCUAGUGGAUCCAAAUUAGUUAUCCCAGCAGCAGUAAGGGUUGAGAAUAAGCCUGACGCCUCAACACAAGGCACUACUUCUGUUGCUCCCAAAAUUCGAAUAAAAAUAAAAAGCAGAACGAUCAACAAAUCAUAGCUUAUGUAUGUUUCCCUGUAAUAUCAAAAAGUGGCUGGAUUCUGAAUUUCCCUAGAUGUUUUUGAUUCAUCUCCGGCAACGUUUAAGUACAUAGUACUAGUAAAGCAAGUUUAGUAGCUGACCCUGGAAUGUAUUUUUGUAAACUGUAUUGGUUACGACAAUCUGAGUAUUUGAGAUUCAUACGGCCUUGUUCUAUGAUCUUUGACUUGUAUGAAUGUAUUUUCAGUUUGAAAUUUAAUUCACUAAAUACAGUAUUUACCUUAUUACUAAAA